UUGGAGCCCCGAACGGUUGCUAGGGCGACCGCCGGGACGCGCUGCGGCCUGGCAAAGCCGACACCGGGCCUCGCCUGUUUCUGGCCGCGGCCGCCCAGCGCCUCUUUCCCUCGCCCCGAGAAGAAAAUGUCUAACCAGCAAGAUGAACAGGAUUUGCAGAGGUUCCUUCAGGAUGUGGAUGAAGUUACCAACUUAAUUCAAGGCUUGAGUUCCACAGAUCCUGCUGUCCAGGAGAAAGCCAUUACCGAGACGGAGAAAAGACUCAGCGCCAUUAAGCUCCAAGAUGAGAAGGAGCAGAAAUGCCGAAUGGACAGGACAGUCAUCAACACUCAGCCCUCUCCAGGCCUGCAAAAUCAGGAAGAAAUGAUAAAUCCAGAAAGUUUCAUGGCUGCUAUGGAAAAGGAUGCUGAAGAGCGAGCAAGGCGAAGGAAGGAAAAUGAAGCCUUAGCAAAUGAACUGAGAGAAAAGGGGAAUGAUGCUUUCAGCAAAGGAGAUUAUGAAGAAGCCAUCAGGAGGUACACUGAAGGUCUCAACCAGCAGAAAGAUGCGCAGGUGCUGUACACCAACAGAGCACAGGCGUACAUCAAGUUACAGAAGUAUGAAAAAGCUCUCAGUGACUGUGAUUGGGCUUUAAGGUGCGAUGAAAAAUGUAUCAAAGCUCUAUUUCAUAUGGGAAAAGCUUACUUGGCCCAGCGGCAGUACAGUAAGGCCAGAGAGUGCUAUCUGAAGAUUUUAGAAAUUAAUCCCCAGAAAGACAAGCUGUGCAGAGAGUGCAUAAAGGAAAUAGACUUGAAAGAGAAAAGACAGCACGAGGAGGAGAAAGCCAUGGAGGAGUUUGAAUCUGGAAAGCCCACAGUCUUGUCCGUUGCCAAGUUGCUCCAGAAACUCAGCAGACCUGAUGAGAACAUCCUCUACUAUGCGGGUGGGAUUAGACUUUUGACUGAUAUGAUACAAGAUGGCACUGAGCAAGUCAUAUUUAGAACAAACAAUGGAUUCAGUAUCAUCAAUGACAACGAGGUCAUAAGACGAGCCUUCCAGAGCAAGGCCAAAUUGCCUGCUGAAGUCGAACUGUCUCUUUCCAUUCUCCUCUUGUGGCAGGCAGUCUGCAGAGGCAACGAGGAGAACCAGCGCCUGCUUCUCACGCACCCUGACGUCAACGUGCAGCUUCCAGCGCUGUUGCUUUCGGAGGUGCCUGCGGUCCAAGAGCAGUGCAUGGCUUUGCUGACUCUCUACGCCGAGACAGAGGCUGGCCGGGGCCUGGUGCUCCGGCACCUCGACACCACCAAAUGGCUGCAGAUCUUGAUGUCCUUUGUCAAGGUUUUUGACGGCAGGGCUACCUGUGCUAUGAACCUGCUCACCAGCUUAAUUGCGGAGGAGAAGUUCAAAAUCCAAUGCCGUAUCAAACUCUCCACAGGGGUUUUGCCACUGUUUUCAGAACUGCUGACCUCGGUCCGGAGGGUGAACGAGCCGGCCCUGGCGCAGUGCAUCGCUGUCUUGGGGGACCUCUGCUCCGACAUGGUCAUCCGGCUGCAGAUGGUGGAAAGCCAGGAAUGUUGGCAGGCGUGCUUGAGUUUGGUGGAUGAAUGCUGGAAAGAAAACAAGGUCACCAGGUACCCUGAAUCUCUAUAUGCAGUGCUUGGUUUAAUGAUGAACCUCUCUUUGGAACACAGUUUGAUUAUGCAGGAACAUGCAGAAGAAAUGGCUGGGAAAUGCAUGUCUCUCUUCAGCAGUAAAGACGGAAGAAUUGUGACACGAGCAGUUCAGCUUUUAAGUCUCAUCCUGCCGACCAAUCUGUCAGCACUGGAAGAAGCGAUGAAGCAAGGUGUGGUGAAGAAAAUGAUCCAAUUUCUGAAGGCAGGUGAGGAGACAACAUCUGCCUGCGCACUGAAGAUUCUUGCCUGCUGCGUGAAAAGCAGCCGACAAGCUCAGGAACAGAUGGUGAAGUUCGAUAAAAAGUGUCACACGUUGCUGAAGCUUCUGUGCUCACCGAAGGAGGCGGUGGCAGGAAAUGCUGCUUUCUGCCUCGGGAAGUGCCUUGAGGUGCCCGGGACCGCCACCGAUCUGCUCGACACGGACAUUGUGCGGAUUUUGUUGAAAGUCACUGGAGGGGAGGCCCACCAGGCCCCUUCUGUGCAGGAGAAUGCCGCCAUUGCUUUAGGGAAGCUUUGCACAGCUGAUGCCAGGCACACCAGUCGGUUGCGGGAGCUGAACGGCAUGGCCGUCCUCAGCAAAGCCAUGAAGUAUGUGCAGUGAAGGACUUCCACCACCAUUCCAAAGGUGUUAAGAGUGCCUGCCAUAUCUUUGCUUGUCUCUGCCCUUUCUUUUUUUCAAAUAAACAAUAUUAAUGCAG